GACUAUUGCCAUGUAGCUUAAACUGCAGUUACACACGUUUCUCUUUAUCAGGUUUCCCUUUGUGGUGGGAGCAGCAGGGCGGAGCGAGUAAUGAGUUUUUCGUUGAACGAAUUGGAACGGGACAGGAAGUUGUAGUGUUGAGGAAGAAACAGGUGGCGGGAACAGCAAAACCGCGAGUUGAAGUAAGGCAACUGUGUUGUUGUUAAUAAAUCCACGUUUUGUAAGUCGCGUUUUGUAAGGACGUUUUUGCUUUCGUCAAAAUAUCGAGAAAGAGAAGGAGAAAUCACUCAUAGCAGGAACAGGCCAGGCAUGAGUGGCGCACACCUGGACGAAUGGCAGAGGAGGUCCUUUGACAUUUCUUCUGGCAACUGUACACCUGAACAGACGGCAGAUGCCUACCGGGCCCACAUCCUCUCCAUUCAGUAUGCAUGGGCAAGCUCCCAGCUCUCAGAGGCCGGCAUGGCCAGCCUGUUCAGGACCUACUCGGAGCGCUACGCUGCAGUGCUGGACUCUGAUGAUCCCCCUACAGGACUAAACAACUAUGCAGAGAGUGCACUGCAUCUGGCCCGUAGUCAGAGGAACUACAGCGACAAAUGGGAGUCAUCCCUGACCAUGGAGAGUGUGCGCGAGCUGCCCUGCGUGCAGAAGAUGAUACGGGCACAGCCAAGGGGAACAGGAGGACACUCCCUUGUGGCACCAGCAGAUGUUAACAUAUCUGUGGGACAAGAGAGCAAGGGAAACUGCCUGUCCACUCCCUUUAUGGGAGUCAGGUCAGAGCCUGCACUGUUCAAACCUGUAGCACCAACACAGCCUCACACCGAGGUUAACAAUGGUGCAAAUUAUUGGACUAAUAUUUCUGCAGAGAAGCCAAAAGGCUCUGAGGGAAUCUCAGGGAACCCAAACUUAUUCCCCCGGCCUUCAGCUCGGCCGCAGUCUGUGUUUAGUUAUCCUACAUCAGUUCUUCCUCAGGGGAACCCUGGUCCUGCAAGUGGCACACACAACUACCAGUCCACCUUCUCCUCCACCUCUAAUCCAUCUAAAAGGAAGAAUUUUUACAAUUUGGAUGGAGGAGAUGUUGACAAAGGGUCGCAUGGAGGUCAAGCUGCUGCUGCUGAACCACGGCCUGGAAGCAACUUCAAAACAGCUCGCGAGCAGUUCAUCAUUGACCACCAUAAAAAACACUCCCAUCAGCCUCAGAGAGGCCAGAGCUCUGGGAUGGCAGCAACUGUGAAAAAAUCUUUAGGCGCUAACAGACCUCGUGGCACAUUUUCUAAAUUUGUGUCACCUAUUCCACGACAGGAGGAGGAAGACAGUGUAGCGGGUCGUAAUCCCGCCCAGGAGCCUGAGAUCCUGGAUGAGCGUUUGAAGAACUUUGAGCCAAAGAUAAUUGAGCUGAUCAUGAGUGAGAUCAUGGACCAUGGGCCUCCUGUGGCCUGGGAUGACAUCGCAGGUCUGGAGUUUGCCAAGACAACCAUAAAGGAGAUUGUGGUUUGGCCCAUGCUGCGACCUGACAUCUUCACUGGUCUCCGAGGUCCACCUAAAGGCAUCCUGUUGUUUGGACCACCAGGAACAGGGAAAACUCUGAUAGGAAAAUGUAUUGCAUGUCAAUCAGGUGCCACCUUUUUUAGCAUCAGUGCCUCAUCACUCACAUCAAAGUGGGUGGGUGAAGGAGAAAAAAUGGUGCGAGCCUUGUUCGCUAUUGCCCGCUGCCACCAGCCUGCUGUCAUUUUCAUUGAUGAAAUUGACUCCCUGCUGUCCCAGAGGACAGACGGGGAGCACGACUCAUCACGCAGGAUAAAAACAGAGUUCUUGGUUCAGCUGGACGGGGCAGCCACAGCAGCUGAGGACCGAAUCCUGGUGGUGGGAGCCACCAACAGGCCUCAGGAGAUAGAUGAGGCUGCCCGUCGACGUCUGGCAAAAAGGUUAUACAUCCCCCUUCCAGAAGAAGCCGCCCGACAGCAGAUUAUAAUCAACCUCAUGGCCCGAGAGAAGAACCAGGUGAGGGAGCAAGAGCUGGGGAGUGUAGUGGCGGCUACAGAGGGCUUCUCUGGUGCUGACAUGACUCAGCUGUGUCGAGAAGCCGCACUGGGGCCCAUCCGCAGCAUCCAGCUCAGUGACAUCACUACUAUCAAAGCAGAUCAGGUACGACCAAUCCUCUACUGUGACUUCCAAGACGCCCUCAAGACGGUGCGACCCAGUGUCUCAUCAAAAGAUCUGGAGCUGUAUGAAGAGUGGAAUAAGACAUUUGGAUGUGGCCGUUAAACUUGGCCCCUCGUCCCCUUUGUUAAAGUUAUGGACAUGUGUUUGAACCUUACCUGUUUCUCGCAUGUCAAAAUGUCCAGACAAUGGGACAUUUGUUAUUGUUCUAUUUUGUUUUAAUUGUUUACCCUUAUAAACGUGUAUUUUCUUGAUAAUAAAAUAAAAAAAAGUUCAAAGCACCACAACUAUCUAUGUAUUAUUUAAUGUACAAACACAUUAAUGGAUUGUGGCAUUUUCCUGUGUCCGCUGAAUCCCCAGAGGGCAGUGUAAUCACUCUUGAGCAUUUCCCAUUCACUUGUGC